AUGGGGAAAAGCAAUAAUAUCACUAUAUUUAUUCUCCUGGGACUUUCCCACAAUAAGAACAUAGAAAUCCUCUGCUUUGUAUUAUUUUUAGAUUGCUACAUUGCUAUUUGGAUGGGAAAUGUGCUCAUAAUGGUUUCUAUCACAUGCACUCAGCUCAACAACCAGCCCAUGUAUUUCUUCCUCCAAUACCUCUCCCUCUCUGACCUCUGCUGCACAUCCACAGUGACCCCUAAAUUAAUGACUGACUUAUUGGUUGAGGAGAAGACCAUUUCCUAUAAUAACUGCAUGGCACAGCUCUUUACCACACAUUUAUUUGGAGGCAUGGAAAUCUUCAUCCUCAUGGGGAUGGCCUAUGACCGCUAUGUGGCCAUCUACAAGCCCCUGCAUUAUGCUGCCAUCAUGAGCAGGCAGAGAUGCAACACAAUCGUCCUGGCAUGUUGUACUGGGGGAUUUGUACACUCUGCCAGUCAGUUUCUUCUCACUAUAUUCUUACCAUUCUGUGGCCCCAAUGAGAUAGACCACUACUUCUGUGAUGUGUAUCCUUUGCUGAAAUUGGCCUGUUCUAAUACACAUAUAAUAGGUCUCUUAGUCAUUGCUAAUUCAGGGUUAAUUGCUCUGUUGACUUUUGGUGCCUUGAUGUUUUCUUAUUUUUUCAUAUUGUACACCAUAAGGGGAUACUCCAUGCAGAGCCGCAGCAAAGCUCUUUCCACUUGCAGUUCCCACAUAACUGUUGUAGUCCUGUUUUUUGCACCUGCAUUAUUCAUCUACAUUAGACCAGCCACGACUUUCCCAGAAGACAAAGUGUUUGCUCUUUUCUACACCAUCAUUGCUCCCAUGUUUAACCCUCUGAUCUACACACUGAGAAACACAGAGAUGAAGGAUGCUUUGAGAAAAGUUUGGUGUCAUCAGACACUUCUGGGAAGAAAGUAA